CUUCAGCUCCCACACAAAAGUCUUUAUACAAAUCCCACUUCUACUUCAACCAGCUUCUUUUUCUUAACACUUCCUCGCACCUGCAAUUCACCUGAUCAAGCCACAUUCUCGACCAUAUCCCCACUCCCGCAAUGCUCUCCAAACGCGUUGCAUCCAACGUUACCAGUGUUGCUCGCUGCACACGUCGACCCGUUCCCCGAAUCCCAGCAAAUGCACGACUCCGCACACAAAACUCCCGUUUCCAAUCGACCUCCUCGGGUAGCAGCAGCGGUGCUAGCUCCAGCUCACCAGCCCUCAUCGGCGGUGUGGCUGGCUCCCUCGCCACCUUCUCAAUCGGCUAUCUCUGGUACCGACAGUCAGGAGCACAAGACCUGUUAGCCGCAACCAAAACCACAAAAGACUACCUCAACACCACCUCCAAAAAGCUAAAAGACUCAACGCCGGAGCCCAACGAAGCGCUCCAAUGGCUUCGACACACCGCUCACAGCUACGCCGUCUUCAUCCCGGGGGCCCGGGGUUACAUCGAUGCCGCUUUCAAUGACCUAGAUGCCAUCCGCUCUAAGCACGGCCAGGAAGUGGACGACAUCGUGAAAGAGGCGUACACGGAACUCCAAGGCUUGGCCAAGGAUGGCGAUCUCUCGCUUCUCACAGCGCAGAAGGCAUGGAGUGUGCUUGUCAAACAUCUUGGCCGCAUCGGCGACCUCGCAGGCGAUGCCUCGCAGCAGAUCCUCGACAACCACCCCUCACUCAAGGAGAAGGUUGGUGGGAACAUUGAUAAGCUGAAGCAAAUGGGCGAUAACUACGGACCCGAGGCCAAGAAGGAGCUCGACAAGACAUGGCAGCAAAUCAGCGACAUUGUCAAGAUGGGCCUCAGCGCAGAAAACAUUGAGAAGAUCAGGAAAACGGUACAGGAGAAAGUCGACCUCAUGAAGCGCUACGGCGACGAGGCCUGGGAAAAGGGCAUGGAGCAGGCGAAGCCAUACUUGGAAAAGAACCCGCAGGUCAAGAAACUCGUCGAGGAAAACGCCGACAAGCUCAAGCAAGGCAACGUGCAGGAACUCUACCAGAAAGUCAAGCAGGCCGUUGAGUCUGGCUCCAUGGGUGAUUUGGAAUCGUAUGUCAAGUCCGCGGCUAACAAGGCCAAGGACUCGGGCAUAGGAGGCGGCAUCGAGCAGUAUCUGAACAAGAUUCCGGGUGGUGAUCAAAUCCUGCCCAAGCUCACGCAGCUCCAACAGGCGGCGGAGAAGCACGGUGAUGAGGCGCAGAAGCUGCUCAAGGACGCCGUCAAGGAGAUUGAAGAGGUGUUGAAGAAGAAGGGCAGCGAGGCGGAGAAGCUGGCGAACAAGGCCAAAGAGGAGACGAAGAAAUAG